GCCUAUAUUUCAUCCAACCCUAAUAGAAGUCGAAAAUUGGGGAAACAAUGAUGGGGAAACAGUGAUGGGGACGUUGUUGAGUGAGACUCUGGGGUCAUAGGCCAAAGUGGUGACGGAGAGAGAGCGGUUAGAGAGUAAAGUUGAGAUCUUGGCGCUGAAAGGCAAGGACUUGAGGGAUCGGAGAGAGAAAUAAAGGGGGAUGAUGUGGAAUUGCAGGAGGUUCAGCGGUGGUUGCCCGAAGUGAGAGAAGGCGGCGUCGGUGGGGGCGAAGAUGGUGAGAGAAGGAGACUGGGAGAGGAGGAGGGUUUGAGAGGCGAGGUUGAGGGUCAGAGCCAUGGAGGUGUAGCCGAAAUCCAGAUUUCGGCGACGUUGAUGAGGGUUUGGGUGGGGAGGGCGGAGGAGAGAGAGAGAGAGAACUGAAAGGACGAUGAGAGAGAGAAGGAGUUGGGCUGCCGCCAUUGUUGGAGGUUGUUCUUCAUUUCUUGGAGUUUAGAGAGGGGUUUGGUUUUGCAAAUGAAUCUGGGUGUAGUUGCAGAUUUAGAGAGUAUCUGCAUUUGUAAGGGAAGGUUGUUUUUGGCGGGUUAAGAUUUGACGACUUCUGUUAGGGCUGGAUGGAAUAUAGGCAAAGUGAGACAAUAUAUGGAGUUUGUUCUUGAUUUUUCAAACCCAACUCUAAGUUGGCGGAUUUCUUCCAGAAGCGUUUGCUGGAAGUGAGCUUGUGCGGAGGCCAUGGAGUUUAUGGAGUUCUGUAGCUCCUGAAGCGAAGCCUGAGUUUUUCUUUUUGGAGUUGUAGCUCGAACUCUAGGGAACCCAUUUCUUGUGGAGAAAGAGGGUUUUUGCCCAUAUUCUCGGAACCAAGCUCUAAUACCCAAAUAGGAUCAGAAGGGGAAGAGGAAGAAGAAGACGAAAGGAAUAUCAGAAGUGGUCAAAAGUGGAGCCCUAGAGGCUAUUUAAUAACAAUGAGUAGGCCAAUCGAAUCAGCAGCCCAUAAGGACUAAACAGCCCAACUAUGCUUCUCAGCCCAUCAGAAUUGUUGUAAAUUUGGAAUAUCUGAAGGAACUCUCUUCUCUCUUCCCUGUGCCCUUGAAUCACAGAAAGCAUGUCAAAACCAUUAGAGAGAUACCAAAAACUUGGCUUGAAAGAGUCUUUGCCAAGAAUUCACAGGUACCCGUUAGCCUGUAAAGAGCUGAGCUUAAUUCUCAGAGGCGCUUACAAGAAAAUUCCCAAGAAUCUUCAAUCUCUCAUCUUCCAGGACACCCUCACCGCCUUUCGUCUCCUCCCUGAAAUGCAGACACGCAAUGCUGUUUUGGCAGCCCAUCUCCUCCUUCAGAGCGUCGAGGCCGCGUUGCCAAAGCAAAAGAAGAAUGCAGCUGUUACAGAAUAUAAGAAUGCAAUGGUUGCUCAUAAGAGGCGCACUAAAGCCCGCCAAGAAGAAAACGUUUCAGGUUCAACCCAGCUGCCACAAGAUGUUCUUGUUCACAUAUUCAGUUUCGUUGAUAUGCAAUCUUUAGUCUCUGUUGGACUAGUCUGCUGGUUGUGGAAUAUAGCGGCAAGUGAGAACAAUUUGUGGCAGGCACAAUACACUACUUUCUUCGGGAAUUCUGAUAAUGAUGCGAUGAUUAAGGGUCGACAGAUUAGUAGACUGGUUGAAGAUGAAGAAGGGUAUACACUAUUUUGGCGAGAAGCCUUCAAACGAGCAUAUUUAGGUAGUUCUUCAAAGAAAUUGAAAUCCAGUAGGGGAUACUGUAGGGACUGCAACACGAUUGUUUGGCUCGAUAACAUGAAAUGUUCAAAUGAACAUACAGGACUAAAUUCUGAAAAUCAGCAAAUUAAGCCGGUGUUACCCAGUCAGGUGGUUGGGUAUCUCUUGGAUGAUUCUUUAUCAUUGGCAUCUUCUUCAGACAGUGAUAGUGAUUCCGAUGGAGGGCCAUUUUCCAGGUUAUGGGCCUACCAAAGACCCUCGAGCAAAACCCAGUAAAAGCAUUUCAUUCAUGUAUAGAGCUGCUCAAUGAGGAUGGCUAAUAUCUAGCGGCCAGAGUUCUCGCUUCUUCAAGAGGCUCUUCCCCCGCUGCUUGAGUCUCUACCGUCCUG